GCAAGAUCAUCUUUUAUUUAUGGUUCUCCGUGGAAUUGCAAAGUAACCUUUGCAACACUCCAUAUUUCUACCCUUUGAACAAAGUCUGGAUGAGGGAUUUUCUGCAGUUUGUAUUAAUUUUAGUUUUGUUAAACUAUGAAAAGUUCAUAUACAGUAGGCCUGGUGGAUUUCCUAAUUGCAGAAUUGUUAUGCAUUGGUAUGCAACACUGGAUGAGUUUGGCAUUUGAAAGCUGUGAGCCAUGAAUAUAACGAGUUGGACAGCCUCAGGGCAACCAUUUUAAUCUUCAAAAGUUUUUGGCUAAUCUCUGUUGGCUGAUACAUUUGUCAUUUAAAAAAGGUAGACCAUUGCCCAUGCCCAAAGUGGUCUAAGAAAUUGGUUCGGUGGUAGAACGUCUUUUUUUGCAGUCGUGCGAAAUUAACACUGCAUAAUGUAGGCCUAAUUAACAUGGGUGCCGCGAGGGGAAAGGUGUUACCGAUUCUAAGGGCCCAACAGCACUGACAGGGCCCCUGGAAAGAUGCUGGUAAUGUAAUUUGUCAUUUUGGGGGCCCAAAAUGUGAAUCUUUCAUGGGGCCCAACAUUUUUAGCGGUGUCCCUGCUGAUUAAUGUAGGCAUAGAACUAUUAGUUAAAUUUUAAAGGAUUGAAACUGAUUGAACAAUGAGUUAUGUACUUUACAGUAACCGCCCAUGUCGCAUUCCUUGUUGGUGACUUCAUCCGUUUGAAUGUCUGUCCCGUAAUAUUUCAUUCACAGUCUGCUGACAAACGUUUCCAAUAAAAGUGGUGGUGGUCUGGUCACUGACGGAAUUUCUGUAGUAGGUGUACAUACACAUACCAAGGUGAUUGCCUCAUGCGUAUUUGUGGGCACCUCAAGGGAUGAAUGGCGGGGGAAUCCUGUAAUCCCCAGGGGACGAUUAAAAACCGUAAACAUGUAAGACACUCGCGCUUACGACAUGAGCUGUGUUGUUUUAUUCGACUGGUGACAUCAUGUUGCUCCCAUCCUUGUAGCUAGGUUGAAGCUCGCCGUCAAUAUUGACCCCAUGUGCUGUUUUCUAUUAAAAAGAAAGUGAGUCAUCGGGGCAAUGCGGAGGUGUGGAGUGCGCCGUUGCUUUGGAAGUGAGACAUAGCCCCCAUGUCCAAACUUGGAAGGGGAGGAGGGUCUUCGGUCAGCUGUUGUAUCGGGCACUUUCUGGACUUUGCUAGCCUAUGUACAAUAGGGUGAACUCGAACUCGGUCGGAUGUAUAAAACAGCUUAGCUAUUUUACUGAUUACAGUUAUCUUUGGUCAGACGGAAACGGAAGGUCACCGUAGUAGUCUGAAAGUAUCUUCCAGAGAGGAAACUUCUUGAAGUUCUCGAGUCCAGUCGCAUUCAAGGCUGAACUUUCUUUCAGUCGGGGUUUUUAAAGUGGUUAUGCGCACAGCUUGGCUACCUUUGGUGACAUCUAAAGGAUUAAUUUCCAACGUUUAUAACAAGAUUUUGUCUUAAAUUUCUUUAUCCUUCAAAGCGUCUCGCCAUGGGAGAUGGGGAUUUUUACGCGUUGGGGAGCAGGCAAAGAGCACCGAGAGAUCCGUUUAGGGAGCAGUCUCUGGCAUCACGGUUUAUGGAUGAAGACUUUGGAAUUCCCUUCCCUGAAGACCUCUCAAUGGACUGGCCUGGAUGGGCACGGCCGCCACGACUGAGUACCCGGCUUAAUGCGCCAUGGACUGGCGGCCUGCGCACAGGGUUCCCUCGCACAUCCAUGGGCGGUUCUCCUACUGUCUAUAGCACACGGUACAGCGAGCCGCGCAGCUCCCCUACGCCGUCGAACCCAGACGAGCCAUGGAAAGUGUGCGUAAACGUCCACAGCUUCAAGCCAGAGGAACUUAACGUCAAAACUAAGGACGGUUUUGUAGAAGUGUCAGGGAAACACGAAGAGAAGCAGGAGGAAGGUGGCAUUGUGACGAAGAACUUCACAAAGAAAAUUCAGAUCCCGUCAGAUGUUGACCCUCUCACCGUGUUCGCCUCGCUCUCUCCCGAGGGGGUGCUCAUCAUCGAGGCGAGGCAGGCGCCGCCAUAUUACCUCUACAGCAGCGAGAUGCCCAGGGACGAGCCAAUGGCAGGAGCCGGAGCAGGAGCAGGAGCGGCGGGGAUGAUGAUGACUGGAGAGCCAGAGUUGAAUCCUCAGGAGGCCGCAGUAGUGUAACUCGGCAAACACACCAGCCCUGUCCCCCGCCAUAUUAAAAGGCCAUCCAGCUAAGCCAAUAUAGCCCUGUGUUUUUUUCACUCUAGUCUGCUCCCUCCAAGCUAUCACUUUCUCCUCUCUCUCUCUCUCUCUCUCUCUCUCUCUCUCUCUCUCUCUCUCUCUCUGGGUCUAUCACUCUCACUCUCACUCUCUUUCUCAGUCUGAUGCUUUUUCCUUGCUCGUCUUCACUUGCCCUUCCUCUUGCCCUCUCUCUCUCUCUCUACUUCUUUCUCUUGCCCUUUUCUCUAUCAGUGUUUUUUGUCCUCCCUGUGGCUGGGACUUAAGGUCCACAGCAUGAGGUGAAUGGCUUCCUCAUGAGCUGCAAGCCUACGCACCUCUCCACACAACCUUUUGAUCCUCCAUGAGCAAAGCGCAGCAUUUCAAAAUCCACUAAAAGGGCUCGAUUGGAUUUGAGCUGGAGGUCUUUACGUUUUAUUUAUUUUAUUUUAUUCCUUUUUUUCCAAGUUUGCCAACUGCGUAUGCUGACCUCUGUCAUAACCCUUUUUAUAGGCUGUUAAACACCACAUGGGCUUUCUGAACGGGGGAUGGGGGGUUAAGAGGCAUUUGGCUGAACAGCAGCUUUGACCACAUGCUGGGAAAUAUGACGUGACAUAAAGUAUGUGGUAUACACAACAGUGUGGCGGUUUUUUCGGAGACCAGAGUGUUGCUUGUGUCAUGUUGUCACGAGCGCCUAGCUCCUGAAAGACCCCGGAAUGUUGUUCAGGGAAUGUGAAACAAGAAACAAUCCGGGAUGGAAUGCAAUGCCAAGGUGUCGUGUGCGGGAGAAAUGAAUCACACAUCAUGACUACCUAUCAGUCAGGCUGAAACAACACAUGAAUGCUUCCGAUAUAUUGCAAUCGAUGGUGUGUGCAUGUUUGACCCCCAGACGACCUUUGGCUCUGCAGCUCAGCCCUGUUGAGGCGGUGCCAGAACAGAGCCAGAUGCGGGCCGGAUGAGGGUUAGGACUGUAGCAGUUGGCAUUAAUAAAAAAAAUGUAUAAAUAAAUAAAAAAACAAAUAAUAUCUUCCAUGACGUCCUCAGCAAGUGCACCAUGGGAAUGUUUGUGUUUUCCUGCUAACAGGGAACUACAUCUGCUGUAUGCUGUGUGUGGGUGUGUGUGAGUGUGUGUUUAACCUUCCUAGCUUUGUAUUCUGUGAAAACGACAGAGGCACAUAAGAAAUCAAUGCCCUUCUGGCCGGUUAAUAGGGCCAGAUGCGAAGCACACUGGAGGGAAAUAUUCCCUUAUUGUCAGUGCAUUGAUGCUGUACAUAUAUAAAUCCAUGCGUAUACUAUUAACCAGCCCUUGGUCACGGGAGAGUAUAAGAUUUUUAAUAGAGGUCUUACAAAAUGAUGUUGUUUUCCUUUUUCUUUUUUUUAAAUUACGUGUGGUUAAGUGAUAUUUUCUCUGCAAAGUGAAAGAGAACGUUAUCAGAUUUCUUCUAUCAGAUGUCUUUGUAUUGUAUUGUAUGUGUAUGCCAUAAUGACAAUAAAAAAAUAAAAUAAAAACUCUCACUACCCUCA